AUGCCCGACGAAAAACCUGCCGCAGACCUCGGGUCCGGCGGCAGCCCCCUAAGCCAGCCGGCUCACACACUUCCUUAUGAAGCGGUACUCAAGGAACUCACCACCGGACUCGAUGAGGGUCUGGCCCCCGAUGAAGCGAGUCGUCGUCUCCAGCAAUAUGGUCCCAACAAGCUGGACGAAGGCGAAGGCGUGUCGGUGGUCAAGAUUCUCAUCCGCCAGGUGGCCAACGCAAUGAUGCUAGUCCUGAUUCUCGCCAUGGCGGUGAGUUUCGGAAUUAAAUCGUGGAUUGAGGGCGGAGUUAUCUGCGCUGUCAUUGUGUUGAAUAUUGUCGUCGGGUUCUUCCAGGAGUACGCUGCUGAGAAGACCAUGGAGUCUUUGCAUUCAUUGUCGUCGCCGACUGGGACUGUCUCGAGAGGCGGACAGACAUUCGCAGUGCCGUCAGCGGAGAUCGUACCUGGUGAUAUGAUCGAGUUGAGAACAGGAGAUACCGUUCCAGCAGAUGUUCGACUUGUUGAAGCAGUCAACUUCGAUACCGACGAGGCUCUUCUGACUGGCGAGUCUCUUCCCGUCCAGAAGGAAUGUGAUUCGAUUUUCAAAGAGGACACUGGCCCCGGAGACCGGCUCAAUAUCGCGUACAGCUCAAGUACUGUUACUCGAGGUCGUGCUCGUGGUGUGGUUGUCAGUACCGGCAUGUUCACUGAAAUCGGUUCUAUUGCUCUCGCAUUGCGGGCCAGUGACAGCAAACGUCGUCCUGUUAAGCGCGGUCCCAACGGCGAGACCAAAAAGCGUUGGUACGCGAAGGCCUGGACUCUCACCGGGACAGAUGCUGUUGGUCGAUUCCUCGGCGUCAAUAUCGGCACCCCCUUGCAACGGAAGCUAUCGAAACUGGCCUGUCUACUUUUCGGAAUUGCCGUUGUGUUCGCUAUCGUCUGCAUGGCUGCAAACUCCUUCAGUAGCAGCACAGAGGUUAUCAUGUACGCGGUCGCGACCGGUAUCAGUAUGAUUCCUGCUUGCUUGGUGGUCGUGCUUACCAUCACUAUGGCGGUGGGCACCAAACGCAUGGUUGAGCGGCAUGUUAUCGUUCGCAAAUUGGACUCGUUGGAAGCUCUCGGUGCUGUCACUGAUAUCUGUUCCGACAAGACCGGCACAUUAACCCAAGGCAAGAUGGUUGUCAAAAAGGCCUGGAUUCCAUCUCGAGGGACGUACUCUGUCGGCACAUCCAACGAGCCUUUCAAUCCUACCAAUGCUGAUGUCACGUUCACCCCUGUCCCUCCUCUGCGGUUUGAUGAUGAGAAGGAAGGUCUCGCAGAGGAAAACGCCGAAAGUCUGGUUUCAGGAAACCGUCAGCUCGAAGACUUUCUGGACGUUGCUUCCAUGGCCAACCUCUCUCACGUGUACAAGUCCGAAGAAGGCGAGUGGCAAGCGCGAGGCGAGCCAACUGAAAUCGCUAUCGAAGUUUUCGCUUCGAGAUUCAACUGGAACCGUGACCGCUGGACCAAAGGAGAAGGCGCAGUGUGGCACCAAAAAGCCGAAUUCCCGUUCGAUUCGACCGUCAAGAAAAUGUCCGUUAUUUUCAGCAAAGUCACACCGCAAGAGACCCGCACGAUGGUAUUCACCAAGGGUGCAGUCGAGCGCAUCAUAGAUUCAUGCACUUCUGUCAUUUGGGAUGAGGAUUCAUCUACCCCCAUACCAAUGACCGAUGAUCACCGCGACGAAAUUCUCCAGAACAUGGAGGAACUCGCCAAGCUGGGACUUCGCGUGUUGGCUUUGGCCCAUCGCCCGUACACCGAUCAGCCAAAAGUCCUCGAAGAUUCCGAUUUGGAACGUGAGGAUGUUGAGAAAGAUCUGUGCUUCCUGGGGCUGAUCGGCUUAUAUGAUCCCCCGCGCCCUGAAACAGCAAGCUCAAUCCAGGCCUGCUACAAAGCUGGUGUGGUGGUCCACAUGGUUACUGGAGAUCACCCUGGCACAGCAAAGGCAAUUGCACAGCAAGUUGGAAUUCUUCCUGCUGACUUCAGUACAGUGGCAGCUGAUGUCGCGGACGCUAUGGUCAUGACUGCCAGUCAAUUCGACAAACUCACUGAGGAUCAGAUAGACGCGCUUCCGACUCUACCUUUAGUCAUUGCACGCUGUGCUCCUCAGACCAAGGUGCGCAUGAUCGAUGCCCUUCAUCGCCGUGGGCGCUUUGCAGCGAUGACUGGAGACGGAGUGAACGACUCUCCCUCUCUCAAGCAUGCCGACGUUGGUAUCGCUAUGGGCCUGGCAGGGUCUGAUGUGGCUAAAGACGCGUCUGAUAUUAUCCUCACGGAUGAUAACUUCGCGUCUAUUCUCAAUGCUGUCGAGGAGGGAAGACGCAUCUUUGACAAUAUUCAGAAAUUUGUGCUCCAUCUGUUGUCUGAAAAUAUUGCUCAGGCUUGCACCCUACUCAUUGGGUUGGCGUUCAAAGACGCGGAUAACCAGUCCGUCUUCCCUCUGUCACCAGUUGAAAUCCUCUGGGUUAUCAUGAUUACAUCGGGCAUGCCCGACAUGGGCCUUGGUAUGGAGGUGGCUGCCCCUGACAUCAUGAAUCGCCCUCCCCAGAGCAAGCAAGGCAUCUUCACUUGGGAGGUGAUCAUCGACAUUAUGGUUUAUGGUGUUUGGACCGCAGCGCUCUGUCUAGCGGCAUUCUCUAUCCGCAUGUGGGGAUUCGGCGACGGCAAUCUCGCCCGCGGCUGCAACAAGGAGUGGUCCGAGGAGAUCAAAGACUGUGAGCUGGUAUUCAAAGCUCGCGCCACCACGUUCGUGUGUCUCACUUGGUUUGCACUCUUCCUGGCUUGGGAGAUGGUCAACAUGCGUCGCUCUUUCUUCCGCAUGCAGCCGAAAUCGAAGAAGUAUUUUACUCAGUGGAUGUAUGAUGUGUGGCGAAACAAGUUCCUUUUCUGGUCUAUCAUGGCCGGAUGGGUUACGAUGUUCCCUAUCCUGUAUAUCCCUGUACUGAACGACGUUGUCUUCAAACACAAGCCGAUUACCUGGGAAUGGGGUAUCGUGGCUGUCGAGGCGGUUUUGUUCUUCAUGGGCGUCGAAGCCUGGAAAUGGGCUAAGCGGGUCUUCUUCCGUCGACAAGCGAGAAAAAACCCGACUUCGAGUCCGUUGGCUGAGGUCCCAGAACAGGCAUAA